AUGAAUAAGAAAAGUAGAUGCCAAAGGUCAUCUGAAGUGUCACAACAGAACAGGAGAGUCAAUGAAGGGAAGAAACCCCGUGGACGUAGACGGCAAACCCAGAAGAACAUCCACGUGACUGCAGGAACAUCUGCCCUCCAUCAUGAAGGUGCCACAACAGAGUCUAUCUAUACUUUGAUUAACAAGUACAAGCUCUCACAUAACAAAUCCAAAUCCUCCAGACUAUCCACAGCGAUCUGCAGGCUUUGCCAUGGAAAGUUUUCCCCACGGAGUCUUCUGUAUGCCUUCAACAAAUGGCCUCAGGAUAGCAUUAAUGAUGAAGCAUAUGCUGCCACCCUGUCACCUCCUUUAUUCCACGUUGACUUCCAGCGAUUGGUUGGAGUGCAGUUGGACUCGGACCCUCGAUUGUCAGAAUAUGUUUGUAAGAAAUGCCACAGCAAGUUUUAUAAGUGCCACAAUAUUCUAGUCAGGUUUAUGCAAAGGGUCAAUCACCUGCCUGCAAAGGAACACAAUUCUAAAAUCAGGCACAAUCCAAUUUUCUCCGACUCCUUAAUAAAAGAUAUGUCUUCAACUUCACCACCCUUUUCUAAAGAUGCUGCGUGCCUUCACAACCUUGUGUCCUGGGCUCACCAUCACGGAGAGGCUUGCAAAUCUUGCCCAAAUCUAAAGGAGGUGCUUGAAGGGCAGUGCUGGGGCUCAGUCAAAGCAGUGUGGUGUUGUGUUGAAGGGCACAGCUACACUAUGAACAAACAGGGCACUGUCGGGUAUGGAUAUAUGCUCAACCCAGGAGAGAGUGGAAAUAGUGGCAGAGAGAUUUUCGAAGCGGUGCAGUGUGACGAAAGGGGCUCGGUGGAAGCGGCAACCUGUCAGGCUCAGCUGAUUCAGAGCCCAGAGAUGGCUGCCUGGACCUGCAAAACGAAAGUACAAUGAUUGUGACUCUCUAUUGACUUUACAGAAGCAGAGGUGUCAAUUUCUCCCGCUCAAGACCAGCAGGAAGACAAGCAGACUGAUAGUGACAUAUCUGACAGAGCAACUGGGCCUAAUGAGCGACGACUAAUUCCAAGUACCUCACAAGUUCAUAAAGGAAAAAAGAAACCUGGACCUAAACCCGGCUGGAAGAACAAAUUCAAAUCUAAAGGGGAGGAGCUGCCCAACAUCUACAAGUGUCUUUAUCUGGGCUGCACAGCUGUCUAUAGUGCUCCUGGUGGUUUAAAGAAACAUGUAAAACAGCAUCAUGACGAGGUGAGAGAGCGACCCUGUCCCCAUCCUGGAUGCAACAAGGUCUUCACCAUCGACCGUUACUUGCAGCGACACGUAAAGCUGAUUCACACAGAAGAGAGGAACUACAUCUGCGAUCAGUGUGGACAAACUUUUAAACAGAGAAAACACCUAUCAGUGCAUCAGAUGAGACAUUCAGGUGUAAAGCCUUUACAGUGCGAGGUUUGUGGCUUCCAGUGCCGUCAGCGGGCGUCGUUGAAAUAUCACAUGACUAAACACAAGGCAGAGGCUGACCUGGAAUUUGCCUGCUUAUUAUGCAGCAAGCGUUUUGAGAAGGCACAUAAUCUCAAUGUCCACAUGUCCAUGGUCCACCCGCUGACUCAAACCCAGGUGCAUAAAGGAGGCAACCAGCAGAAGCCACACUCUGCCUUUUCCGACCUGCACAACAUCGUAGCGAGCGGCGAACCCGUGUCACAAGAGCAAGACAGGUGA